UAUAUGACUUGAUGAAGCGUAUUUUGACAACAGUUUUUUUAAGACAGAAUAGUGAUUCUUCUCCUUAUUUCUUAUUUUAAGAAGGGUGAUUGCAUUAGAUAUAAAAACUUAUAAUAUCGUGUUGUUUUAUGAUGUUGAAGCAAAAAGUUUCACUGGAAUGGAAGAAACGCGUUAAAAAUGAAUACAUGAAAAUUCGGCUGAGUAAGCGUCAUAAAAAGGUGGAUGAUGUUCGAUCGGCUUGGAAUCGAAACCGACAAGCCUUGUUAGGUAUGUUGGUUGCGGAAAAUGAUGCGUGGCUCUCUACUAAUGCUACAUGGUUGCAAUGCGAGGUGGAGCAGCUUCCUCAUGUUAACUGCAUGAAAAAAGCGGUGGUAAUAGAUCAUGAAGGAAAUCAUCAAAAUGUAUCAAUUCGAGUGGUCAAUGCUGUUACAACGAUUCCAACUAUGUAUACAUGGGCUCCAACGCAACAAAACUUUAUGGUUGAGGAUGAGACUGUGCUUCACAACAUACCGUAUAUGGGCGACGAAGUUCUCGAUAAAGAUGGUUCAUUUAUCGAGGAGUUGAUUAAAAAUUAUGAUGGUAAAGUACAUGGUGAUAAGGAAGAUAGCAUUGAUGAUGCUAUGUUUGUUGAACUGGUACAUACAUUGAUGCAAUACACAAACCAGGAAUCAAAUAUCGACGAAAAAACCGCACACUCUAAAUCGCCUAUUGGAGAAAAAUCGCCCAUUUCGAUUCAUAAUUUCGAUCAAAGCAUUGGAAAAGCUUCGUCGAGUAAAAUGGAAAAAGACAACAAUUGCGAUGAAAACUUGACAUGUAAUGAUUUGAAUACAAAUAAGGAGUUAAGAUUGCUCCAACCGAAUGCCAUGAAAAAGAAUCGACUCAAUGUAAAGGCUUUUCCUGCACCGAUUAUAUUUCAAGCUAUCAGCUCACUGUUUCCUGAGAACGGAACAGGAGAAGAACUGAGAGAUAAAUAUAUUGAACUAACUGAGCGUGUUGAUCCCGAAAGACCACCAGAAUGCACCCCAAAUAUCGAUGGCCCAAGGGCGGAAUCAGUUUCGCGGGAGCAAACUCUUCAUUCUUACCACACACUAUUCUGUCGACGAUGUUUUAAAUAUGACUGCUUUUUGCACCAUAUUCGACAUACGGCUAUUUCAUCUUACGCCUUGCUUUAGGACAUUUUUUUGGUCCCAAAUACAGGCAUAUAUCGGGGGAUACCUGUACGUUUAUUUUAACGUACAGGUUAACUAAGAGAUUUAAAUCGGCUUUUGAUUAACAAGUUUUAGUGAGUUAUAACAUGUAGGGUAAAUGUACCUAUAGUGGUUGUAGUACCAAUAGUGGUGGUAUUGCACUAAAAUGCGGUCCAUACGGUAAAUUAAAAGUUAUUAAGUUAUUUUUGACAGUGUGAAAUGUUCUUUAGCCUUUUACAAAGAAUUUAAAAGAUAAAUGGGACCAUUCCGUUUCUUCGUGACCGAAAAAUCCAUUAUUUUGUGAAAUAUGUCAACAUUUUUCCAAAAUCCUUAGGAUUUCAUAACGAAACUCAUAUUUCUGUUAACGUUCUAAAUGAUCACUUACCCACGCAAUUACUAGUUUUUCAACAUGACUGUUAUGAAAUGUUAUUGUUUUACUGAAAUUAUUGAUCUUUUGACCAUAUUUAUGCAUUUUUAAGUGUUUUUUACCAUAGUGCCAUUAUAGGUACACAAAACAGGCAUGUUCCUAUAGUGGUUAUAUUUAUAAAAUCAAUAAAAACAGUUCGUUUCAGAUUUGUUCGAUGAUAUUUUUGACAUGUCGUACUUUUGUCAUUAAAAUAAGCAACAGAAAUGAGUUUUCUGUAAGUAAUGUACCAAACAAAGGCCAAAAUUCGCUUAUCUGGCUGAGUGAAAAAAUCAACCUCAAAUCAAGCUUUAUCUUCCGGGUGUAGGUUGACGACAGGUGUUAUUCAGUACUUUAGUCAAUAUUUUCUUCAACCAAAUUCAUAUAUUUUUUACGAUCAAAUUACGAAAGAAAUCAUUAUUAUGGCAGCUAUCCUUGCUAUUCAUACAAAAACAACUUCGAAACUAAGUUUCAUUGAUAUUAUACAUUGUUUUGGAGGUAUCUUUGUUUACCACCACUAUAGGAACACAAUACGACGACUAUAGGAACCAUACCACCAUCAUAGAUACAACAAAUCAGUCACAAAAAUAUGUAUUUUUUCGUAAAUUUGAUGUGUUUCAUGGUAAACAUGGUUGUGAUUGCGAAGAUAAAACAUAUUCUAAUUGCUAUGUGUUAAAAUAAUCACAAAUUGACCUUCCUGACAAUGUAAACCCAUUAAAACACAUCUGUGUCACUACAAAUUGCACCACUAUUGGUACACUUACCCUAAUGCUUAAGAUAGCACAUUUGCUCCAAAUUCCGCUCGUGGCUUCAUGUCUACAAUGGACCGUCCCCCGUUGCAAUGAAUGACUAUCCGGCUGCGUGGUCUCGAUAUCGAUCAACAAAAAAAUCUCAAAAACCUGCAUAGGUCUGCAAGCUUGUCAUCCUGGUCCUAAUCUCCAAAGACGUAGAUGGCCUGAGUUAAAACCACCUGGCAAACCAUGCGGUGAAGCGUG